UAAUGAAAUUAGCAUCACUAUGACGACAAGCAAUGGUCGUGUAUAAUAAAAGUGGCUAACGCUUUGCCAGUUUGACGACGAUGACGAUGACGACAAGAUCGACGACGCGUUUAGCUUCGAAGUGUCGAUAUAAACGAUAUAAAUGAAAGAAAAAAAAGAAAUGGACAAACAAAUAAAUAAAUAAACGAACAAACAAAUAAAUAAAUAAACGAACGAACGAACGAACGAACGAAUGAACGAAUGAAUAAAACGAACGAUAAAAUAUUUUUCUAAAAAAGUAAAAAAAAAAAAAAAAGUCAAAAAUGAACGUCGAUCGUGUUAAAUGUUUAAGCGAAUAUACGAGCGUACGUAAAUACGAUUGAGAAAAAUCAAGCGUUUCUUGGUGACAUUUAGAGAGGGUUGUUAAAAAGAAAAAAGAAAAAAAAAACAAAGAAAAAAACAAAAGAAGACAAAAAUGGCUUUGCCAACAUAGCCGUACGAUUUUUCUUUAAGACUCACGACUGUUCGAUGUCGCCGCAGAAGCGGUACAAGUGUUUUAAAUCCGCUCGCAUUGACCAAGCCAACUUUCCACGUAUCCAGUUUGACCGUUUUAACGUUUUCGUCGCGAAACAUCUUACCGUUCUUCCCGUUCUUCGAAACUUUUAAUAAAAAGUGUGUGUCUGCGUUACGUCAAAUGACGUUUAUAUUAACUUUCAACAAAAUCACUUGGUAUCUUCUUCUCCUCGUUUACGCGUAGUGUCGGUUCCGAUAAAACUCUCGUUGAAGAAAUUAGUUUGCGAUCGGCAUCAUCGUUAAUGAUGUUCUAUCUAAAUGGAAGAUUAACUGGUGGUGGAACUGCUAGGAUCGAUCGAUCACUAUCAAACGAGGAAGAUGAAUUUGGUUGGUUCGUUGGUGACGUUGAAUAUAAUUCUUCCAUGGCAAUAAAUGUGAGUAAAGAUUGUCGUUCCUCGAACUCGUCAACUUCUAUGUUAUCCUGUAUUGAUUCUGACGAGGCCGACGCUUACACCUUCGCAUCUGAUUAUUCGAAAAAUUCUGAAGAGGAUGAAACCUCUGAAAAAAUAGAACUCUCCAAUUUAACUCGUCCUAAGGAAUUGGGCAUCGAUUUUAUUGAAAACGAUGCUCGCAUUAAUAAUCCGGGUAUAACAACAACAAGAACGACGAUGAUGAUGACAACGAUGACGACGACGACGACGAUGACGAUGACGACGACGACGACGACGACGACGACAGCAGCAGCAACUGCAGCAACGACAGCAGGAACACCAGGAGCAGCAAUGACAACAACAAUAAACCCAACAAAGGAUAAUGAUUUCCACGAUGAAUUAGCAGGCGGUGAACCGAUAAUUCAACAAUCACGAGCCAUGUGUUAUACUCCAGAAAGAUUGGUGAGAUGCGAGGAAUAUCGGAUUUUAAUUCCGUCCCCGCGAUUUCUCUCGAUAUCUCGGUUCACUUCUGAAAAUGAAAAUGCACGUAAAACAAGGCUAACCAAAAGACGAUUGAAUUAUCUCAUCGAUUCGAAACAAAUUGGUGAUUCACGUUUAAGAGCUCUACUCGAGUCAUUCGAGGAUAAUGAAGAAAUUCAAAUAAAUAUGAGGAAUAAAUCUAACGUCGACGUUAAUACGACGGACAUCCUUCGGGAUGACGCCGUGCUCAAGAGGAUGCAAUCGACCGAAGCUUCGAAAUGUUCGAUAACGGAUACGAUCAAUAGUAAUAGAUCGAGUUACGAAGGGCUAAGUGUUACCUGGGACGAUUUAAAGAAACAACAACCAACGCGUCGAUCAUCUGUCGAAGAUACUUCUGGUAUUCAAAGUAACGAUUGGAGUUCCGAAACACAAAGUGAGACACAAAUGAAUCCACUUUAUCUCUGUGACGAACUCGCUCUGACAUCCAGCGGUGAUUGUGCCAGUGACUUUGUCCAGGUACGAUCUACAGCGAUAAACGAAGUUGUAUCGAUCCUGCAGGAACUCGAAAGUAAUCCAGAAAGGGCUCGGAUCCUUUUGGACGACGAUCGUUUCUGCGACAAAAGCUCUUCUCACGAUCAUUUAACAAGAUUGGCACUUACCAUCGAGACCGAUGGAAAUGUACCACCUGUACUUGGAGAACCAGAGAAAUCUGUCCAUUAUCUUCGAAAACGUGUCGAGAAACUUCAGGAUGCGAGUAAGGAUAUCUUCAAGGAUAUUUGUGAACUUAGAAAGGACUUUGAGUACGAGGAAGAGAAGUUGCUUGAUUUAUCGUCGGACGCAACGAAAUUGAGACAGGAUAUACACGAGGUCAAAUGCAUCGACGAUCUAUUAAGGCUUUUACGUGGUGAACUUGAAAGGAUAUCGAACAGGAAUUGGCCAUUUUUACUCGGUCAUACUGAACAACAAGAGGAAAUGAAUUUAGUCGUUUAAAUUUUCCCUUCGAAAGAAUUUCCUCGAUUAAUAUCGAUUAUAUUAAGAGAAAACUUUUCGAAAAGGGAUCACUGCCACAUACAAUCGUUUAGUAUAUUUCUUUUUCUUUUUCAGAAAAGAAAAGAAAAGAAAAAAAAAAAUAAAAAGAAAGGAAAAAAAAAAGAAAAAAAAUACAAA